AUGAGCCUCACAGUCGACCUCCACACGCCCAUCACCGGGACGUACAAGCAGCCCAUCGGCCUGUUCAUCAACAACGAAUGGGUCGAGGGUGUUGACAAGAAGAAGUUCGAGGUCAUCAACCCCGCCACGGAGGAGGUCAUCACCUCCGUAUGCGAGGGUACCGAGAAGGAUAUCGACAUUGCCGUCAAGGCCGCCCGCAAGGCCUUUGAGGGCGAAUGGAGCCAGGUCCCUCCCCACGGCCGCGCCGUCCUCAUGUUGAAGCUGGCGGACCUGGUCGAGAAGAACGCCGACCUCCUCGCCGCUGUCGAGUCGCUCGACAAUGGCAAGUCCAUCACCAUGGCCAGGGGCGACGUCAGUGCCGUCAUCAAGUGUAUCCGCUACUACGCCGGCUGGGCCGACAAGAUCCAGGGCAAGACUAUCGAUGUUGCUCCGGACAUGUUCCACUACACCCGCUACGAGCCCAUUGGCGUCUGCGCUCAGAUCAUCCCCUGGAACUUCCCCAUCCUGAUGCUUUCGUGGAAGAUUGGCCCCGCCCUGGCCACCGGAAACACCAUCGUCAUGAAGCCUGCCGAGCAGACCCCCCUGUCUGCCCUCGUCUUUGCCAACCUGGUCAAGGAGGCCGGCUUCCCCCCCGGCGUCUUCAACGUCGUCUCGGGAUUCGGCCGCGUCGCCGGCUCGGCCCUGUCGUACCACAUGGACGUCGACAAGAUCGCCUUUACCGGCUCCACUGUCGUCGGCCGCACCAUCCUGAAGGCCGCUGCCGAGUCUAACCUCAAGAAGGUCACCCUCGAGCUCGGCGGAAAGUCGCCCAACAUCGUCUUCAACGACGCCGACAUUGAGCAGGCCAUCUCGUGGGUCAACUUUGGUAUCUUCUACAACCACGGCCAGUGCUGCUGCGCCGGUACCCGCAUCUUCGUACAGGAGGGCAUCUACGACAAGUUCCUCGAAGCUUUCAAGAAGCGCAGCCAGCAGAACAAGGUGGGAGACCCCUUCAACGAAGAGACCUUCCAGGGCCCCCAGGUCAGCCAGCUUCAGUACGACCGCAUCAUGGGCUACAUCGAGACGGGCAAGAAGGAGGGCGCCAAGGUCGAGGUCGGUGGCGAGCGUCACGGCAACGUCGGCUACUUCAUCAAGCCUACCAUCUUCAGCAACGUCACCAACGACAUGACCAUAAUGCAGGAGGAGAUCUUCGGUCCCGUCUGCGCCAUCACCAAGUUCAAGACCGAGGAGGAGGCCAUCAGGCUGGGCAACGACACCACCUACGGUCUCGCCGCUGCCGUCCACACCACCGACCUCAACACCUCCAUCCGCGUCUCCAGGGCCCUCAAGGCCGGUACCGUCUGGGUCAACUGCUACAACAUGCUCACCGCCGAGGUUCCCUUUGGCGGCUACAAGGAGAGCGGUAUCGGCCGCGAGCUGGGCGAGGCCGCCCUGGCCAGCUACACUCACAACAAGUCGGUUGGUAUCCGCCUGGGCGGACCUUUGUUCUAA